AUGCAAACUGCUCAUGCGGUGCUUCUCCCUUCCGGUCGCAUUCUUCUGGCUAGUGGAAGUAGUUGGCGAAACCGUGGUCCCAUUGAAACUUAUCCGCACACGGCUGAUCCUCAAAGUGGUCGUGGCAUCUUUCGAGAAGAAGAAGAUCCAUUUCUUAUCAACAAAAUAGAAGACUAUUAUCAACUUGUGAACAAUGUUGGGAUCUAUGAUCCGAGCAAAAAUACAUUCUAUCGCAUUCCACAUCCAGAGCCCGUUCCUGAUCCGAAAUGGCCUGAACAUUUUGCACCAAAUGAUUUCUUCUGUACAGGUCACUUGCAUGUUCCUGAUGGCAACGUACUGUUUGUCGGUGGCACACAAUACUAUUAUCCGUUUCGAACAGGUCACCGAGCAACAUACCUGUUUGAUUGGCGAAAAGAAGUCCAAAUUCGAUGGAACAACGUUGAUUGGAGACGCAUGCCCAGUGAUGCAUUUGUGAAUGAUUCGACGAAUCCAUGGAUUUUUGCGGGUUUGAUGGAACGAGGUCGAUGGUCGAUCCAUUAUCCAAUUUUAUUAACACCACAAUUUGAUAAUAUCAAUGGCACAUUUCUCGGCUACACGAAGAAGCGCAUGAAUGAAGGUGUUGAAGCUCGUCUUUAUCAUAAUGUCGCUCUGCUAUUACCAGAUGGUCGUGUGUGGAUUUCUGGUGGCGGAUCAGCUCGUGCUACGAUUCAUUAUACGCCCUUGGCCCAGAAACCUCUUGUUGAGCACAACACUAGUUCAUAUGAACAACCAUUGCCUGACACUUCCAAUAUCGAUUUAGACGUGGAAAUGUUUGACGAUGGCCGACUGGCAAAAAAUUCACGCGGUUCACUUAGUGUUCCUACCGAAACAUGGAUAGCAGAAAUCUUCAGUCCUCCCUAUCUGUUUAUCGACGGCAAAAGACGACCAGUGAUCGUUUCGUUGGGUCAUCCUCACAAGGUGAAUUAUCAAUUUGAGAGUGUCAUCGAUGGAAAACGCUACUAUUUACUUCGUAGCAAUUCACAAUACACUGUAAAUUUAAACUAUCUGCCGACACAAUGUGCAAGUGGAACCAAAGAAAAGUUGGUUAUGAUCAAACUAGGAUCAGCCACACAUGGAUGGGAUAGUGGACAACGUCUAAUCAAUCUUUCCUUUACAAGAAUGUCAUCGACAUCAGCUCUUUUACUGACAACACUCGAUGCAAGAAUAGCACUCAUUGCACCUGCAUUCUACAUGAUGUUCUAUAUGGAUUGUAUGGGAAAACCAUCUGUUGCACAGAUAAUACGAUUUGAUGAUCAAGCUGUACAGCCAUAA